GGUCGGGCACUUGGAUUACUGUAAUCCAGACUUUGCAUGGGUGCUGGUUUGCUUGUUGCAGUUCUGCGAGAUGUCUGUAGACAUGCGUCCUUUCCUGCCUGCUCUGCUUUUUAUGGUGGCUCACGUGAUCCUCCACAGCCAUGCUCAAGAGGCUGGUGUGUCUGAAGCGUGGACCAGCAGGUCGUGCAAAUGUGACUGUGACGAAGGUGUGGCGCCAACAGAGUUCUCCUCCAUUAGUGCUUCCUCAGUUAGAGGUGUGGACUGCAUGCCAGAGUGUCCGUACCACAAACCUCUGGGCUUCGAGGCAGGAUCAGUGAGUCCAGACCAGAUCACCUGCUCCAACGAGGACCAAUACAGCGGAUGGUUUGCCUCUUGGUUGCCUAGCAAGGCUCGGCUCAACAGUCAAGGUUUUGGGUGUGCUUGGCUGUCCAAGUUCCAAGACAACAGUCAAUGGCUGCAGAUUGACCUGAGGGAGGUCACAGUGGUCUCCGGGAUUCUCACUCAAGGCCGUUGCGACGCCGACGAGUGGGUUACCAAGUACAGCGUGCAGUACCGCACUGAUGACAAACUCAACUGGAUCUAUUACAAAGACCAAACUGGAAACAAUAGGGUGUUUUACGGAAACUCUGAUCGCUCAUCGUCUGUGCAGAACCUCCUGCGGCCGCCCAUCGUAGCGCGCUACAUCCGCAUCCUUCCCUUGGGUUGGCACACACGCAUUGCUCUGCGUCUGGAGCUGCUGCUCUGCAUGAACAAAUGUGCCUGAAGUGACCCUCCGACCCUUCGUCCAAACACUUUUUGAAUGUGUGUAUUCUGUCAGUAUUUUCAUUCCAUUUUUGUUGGUUAAUCCAGAAUUCUUUAUCAAUUUAGGCCAGGGAUGUCCAAACUUUUUCCUCCGAGACAACAUGCAAUGUUGGGUUAGCCUUUAAAGGUCUGUGCUGAGUGAUCAUCACACACUAAACGUUACUUGUAGUGUUAGCAUAGCAUUUGCGUGAGCAGUAGACUAAUGCUAACGGCGCCAAACACAACACUGCAUUGAAACAGUCAGUGAAACAUAUACAGGUAGUCCCCGGGUUACGGACGAGUCAACCGAAUUUCAGCAUAAGUCAGAAUUAACCUUUUGAGUACCCGUAAAUCUCAAAAUAACUCUCCAAAAACGCGUAUUAUAUGUCACAUUAAUAAAGUAAAAAUAAGAUACUGUACCUACCAUCAAUGCUGAGAGGGGUUACUGCACUUUCAGAUAUAAACUGAAAUUUCAGGUAAGUCCCGGAAGUUAAACGGGUGGCCCUUAUGUCUAAAAGCAAUUUCCCGGGUCGAAUGACACGGACAUUAACCGUGUCGCAUGAUAGUAUAAUGUCCGAGACUUAACUGGGAUGCGGCAUGUAUGAAAACAGUCGGUUAAUUCCUGGGUCAAAGCACGAAUGCUGAUAGCAUAAAUAUGGUGCCGGGCCGAUCGUCAUUUCCACUUUCUUUACAGUAAGACGAAACAAACAUCGCAAUUAUCAACAUGGCAAACUGGAAAAAUGGCAAAAUAAACUGAAAACGUAACGAAAUUAAAUCGCUACUGAAUCUCAGAGCUGAGGGAGAGACGGUCCAUCGUCCAUCUUUGGAUCAUGGAUCUUUGGAUCCUCGCACAGAGAGCGCCAAGUCGCCAACACGGGACAAGUCUGAAAGUGUCCAACCUGAGUAAUUCCCGGUAGAUCACCCCAUGUCUGAAAACCAUGACACGGGUAAAUCCCACAUCACAUUAUGCGGGAAUUUAGCGGGAUAUAAGUCUGAAAGGGGCUUUAAUGUGACCAAAAAAUAAAAACACUGGUGACAAAAUUGCAGACGAGACUACGGCAUCAUAAAGUCGAAAUCACGUAAUAAACGUCAUAACCCGGGGACUAUCUGUAUACACGAGUGAAAUUUGUGAUGUAUUCAUAAUUUGCUGUGGGCCAAUAAUAAAUGGGCAACGCCAGCCGUAAUUUGGACACCACUGAUUUAGGCCAUUUCAUCAUUUUUCGAGGCAAAAAUAUGAGAAGGCUGUAUCAUGCUAGCGUCUCUAUCGUGGCUAUAAUGAAUGUGAUGUUUGAUAUGCAAAUACAGUUGACGUUGGAUUUGUUUCACGAGCAGAUUUAAAUUUCCUCAAUUGUUACAUUUGCAGUGAAAAGGCAUAAAUUCAAAGCAUUAAUUGGCAGUGGCGACAGAGAGCGCGCGUUGCCAUGGAAGAGGUAUGAGCGGAUCCAGAGCACGCCUUUCAUGUGUGGAGCGUAAUGAAAUGCUCGCUACCUCUUUUGACACAAAGUGGUCAGCAGGGAAUUUGACAGCUCUCAACAUGCCUCGCCUUAAAUAAAAGGCAGGUGAUGACUUCAAAUAUCAUUUGUUGGUUAUGGCAAAACAAACACCCCAGGUCAUGUUCCUGCAAUGUACUGUACUGUAUAUCCUGUCAUGAUGUCUCAGGCCUGUGGUUUUCUUGGACAAAAUGCUAAUAAUUUUGUUUCAUCAUGCCAAGUUCCAACUAGGAUAUAGUAUAUCAGUCAUUAUAAAACUAAAUUUCUAAUAUGGAAUUUUUAUGGAGAGACUUUUUUUCGCUGCAAACAAAGUUUGACUGAAAGAUUUCUUCCAACACGAUUUACCAUCAAAUUUCCAACAUAUUUUUUUCAUGAACGGGUUUUACAUUUCAAUUAAAAAAAAAAUUGAACAAAAAAAUGUUUUUUCUCUGAACUGAUAAUUCUUUCUAAUAUGUUAAAUAUUCUGAUUUAACCUUUUUUUUUUUUUUUUUUUUAAAAUUAUAAAUAAUCCUGAUGGAUUUGUUUUAACAUUUAGAAAUUAAGUGUAACAUACAUAUACUGUAAGUCUUUUGUUAACCAAUAUUGUAUUUUGUUUUAAAUUUUAGAACGUAGCAUACUGUACUUAUAUAUUCCCUUUUGUUUAAAUUUUCACGUAUUUGAAAGUUACAUUAUAUGUGCAUGUCUUGUUGUUUUGCCCCAAUGUGGAAUUUAUUUAUAAUAAACAUGUCCUGAAAGAAA